AACAAGAUUUUUCAUUCUAGCAAUAUGGAAUUAGAGGAGAGCAAGGCUAAUUGUUUUAUUGAUGAUAUGAUAGCUGUCCUGCAAGAUGGUAAGGUACUUUUACAUCGACAAGAUGCACAACAAGCUGUCAGGAAACUUCAAGAUCUGAAGAAAAAGGACUUCAUCAUUACAACUGAAGACUUUGAAGAUAUUCUGAGGCAAAUCAAAGAUGAAAUGGCAAAAGUUUUGAAAUCAACAGAAAAUGCUGCAACUAAGUCUGAAGAAGAAUAUGAGGACCUGAAAAAUAAAUUAACUGAACUUAAGGCACAGAUGUCGGAAGCUGAGAAAAAACAUUUAGAACUGAAAAAUAAAUUUACUGUUCUUGAGACAGAGCAAAAAGAGGUAGAAUGUGUUUCUAUUGUUUGUUGCCAGUUAAUAUAUCGGUUACCAUACAUGUUGAUACAAUUGUACAUGCAUAACUGUUUGUUUAUGGUUAAUAUACCGUUUCAUGUACAGUACAGAUAACGAGGAAUGUGCAAAUUCCUGCGAGUAACGAGUAAUUACAAAAAGCGUGACUACGAGUGAAUUAUAAAUUUCUUGUACACAAAGAGUGACUCCGCGUCGAUAACGAGUGACAAUUAAGUCCGCAGGACUCCGUGAAUCUCCGAGUCAAAAAGAGUGACUCCGAGUAAAUAAGACUGAUUUGGUAUGCUUUAUUUAUUUAUUAAUAUAAUGCUCUACCUCUAAACUAAAAUCCUUGAACGCAUGUAUCAUUCAAAAUAAUGUUGUCGAAAAUUCUUCGUUGAUGUAAAGUAUCACAAGUGAAAACGAAAGUAGACACACUAAUGAUUCAUUAAUAUCAAAAGGGAAGAAUAACCGAUGAUUUCCCGCAAUUCCCGUGUCACACAGUGUCAAAAACCUAUUUAAUUUAGUAUUCUAAAAUAAUAAAAUAUAGAUGAGCUUCAUUUUUGCAUUGUUUAUAAAAAUUAAUAAUCAUUAUGUAAGCAAAAAAAAGAGAAUUUAAGAACACGGCAAAACAACCACGUGCCUUAGUAGGUCGAUUAAUUCCAUUGACAUACUAUCGUAAGGGAUAUUAUACUUUGUACCAGAAUUGAAUUCAGAAUUACAUUUUCUUUAAGACAGUUUAAAAAGAUCUUUUCAGUGAAAUACAUCUGCCUUGGAAAGGAAAGUAAAUUUCUGAACAAGGUAAUUUUAUACUUUUAAGUCAGGCUUUUAGAUAAAUUUAUACGAGUUACAUAAAUGAUACCAAAAUGCUUUCCAUGUGAAGUACAUGUACGUCUCCUUUUAAUUGUUGGUUGAUAAUACGAGAUAUAAAGUAUAUAGUUCCAUUGUAACAAUGUACUAGCCAAAUCAGAUUUUUUUGAUGUGCACUUGUUAUCAAUGAUUAGAAUAUUAUGAAGAUCGAAACUCAUUUUCGAAAUUGAAAAAAAAAACACAAGCUGAAAUAAAUUACAAUGUAAUCGUUGGCACGUAUCGGUAUUUGAUGCAUUUAGAAACAUUUACAUCUAAGAAAAUACGAUGGUGUAUAAUAAAUAAACAUACAAAAAAUGUAGAAAUUUCAUAAAUUUUUAAUUCAUAAAUUCAUAGAUUAUUUUCGUCAAAAGGAAGUUGUAGGUUUUUUUCUUGAGGAACUUCGCAGUGAUUUAGUAGGACAAGAAAGACAUUUAAAGAUUAAUGAAGUUUAUAUAAUCUGAAUUAUUCUUAUUUCAUAAAGAAGUAUACAAAAAAGUUGGGCCGUUAUUAUAUGGAAUUUUUUUUAAUCGUUUUUUGUUUUUGAAUUUUUCAGGUUCCUGUGGUUAUUGCUACUGACCUUAUUAAUUGGGAUAAAAAUAAACUUGAUAACUGAUGACACUGACACGGUAAUUCUCGCUCGGAGUCUUACGCUGUUAUUUUCGUCUCGGAGUCGCUCUCAUCACACGUUUCUCACGCGGAGUCACUCGUUUUUAUGGACAAAUACUCUCGGGGAGUUGCGAGUGGAUUCCUCGAUCCUCCGAGGAUUUUGCACAUUCCUCGUUAUCUGGACUGUAUUACUGACUGCCUCCGUGGUCGAGGGGUAAAAUUAGAUGACUUCUAAUCCAAUUUCCUCUCUGGCGUGGGUUUGAUCCCUGGGAGAUACUUUGGUAGUUAAGCGCAGAGGAAGGUAGUCUAGUACUGGUGUAACUCUCCAGGAACGAUGGUUAGGAAACUACCCGCCUAUAUGACUGAAAUACUGUUGGGAAAAGGCGUAAAAUGAAACAAACAAGCAAACAAAAACAUGUAUUACUAUUUGUUUCCGGUUGAUAUACUUGGUCAUGUAUUACUGUUUGUUUCUGGUUGAUAUACUGGUACAUAACUGUUUGUUUCCGGUUGAUAUACUGGUACAUGUGUAACUACAUAAUGUAUUUGUUUUAGUUAUUAAUAUACCAGUACAUGUUGUUAUGUUUCUUUCCAUCUGAUAUACUUGGUGAGGUGUUACUGUUUGUUUCAGUUGAUAUACCGGUACAUGUAUUACUGUUUGUUUCCAGUUGAUAUAUUUGGUCAUGUGUUACUGUUUGUUUCGAUUGAAAUACCGGGACAUGUACAUGUAUUACUGUUUGUUUCCGGUUGAUAUACCAGUACAUGUAUUAAUGUUUGUUUCUGGUUAAUGAAAAGGUACAUGUAUUACUGGUUGUUUCUGGUUAAUAUACUGGUACAUGUAUUACUGUUUGUUUCCGGUUGAUAAACUACUGUUUGUUUCUGGUUGAUUUACUGGUUCAUGUAUUACUGUUUGUUUCUGAUUGAUGAAAAGGUACAGGUAUUACUGUUUGUUUCUGGUUGUUAUACCAGUACAUGUUAUAAAUAAUGGUUGUAUGAUAAACCAGUAUUAUUAGCUUGUCAAGGCACACAAUAAGGUUAGCAAGCUUUGUAAUUUCAUGAUGGCAGUUGUACCCAUCUUAUAAGCUUAACUAUUAUAUUAAGCUUGUCACUAUCUCGGUUAAGUUUUUAGUUUACCUGUCACAAAGUGACAUGGUGAGCUUUUGUGAUCGCUUUUCGUCCGGCAUCCGUUGGGACGUAAACUUUUACUUUAAACAACAUCUCAUAAUCCACUGAGCCCAUUUCAUCCAAACUUCACAGAUAUGUUCCUUUGGAUGUCAACUUUAGAAAUUGCUCAAAUAAUUUAAUUCCAAGCAGAACUCUUGUUGCCAUGGCAACAGAAAGAAAAAACUUAUCUUGUUUUAGAAAACUGAAAGAGCUAGAGCUUAAAUAUUUGGUAUGAUACAUCA